UCCGCGGUGUUCGGAGCAGGCAUGCGCACCUGAGUCUGUUCUUCCUCCAAGUGGAUAGGUAUGGUGGAUGACGCGCGUUUAUCGGUUGCUGGGUUGUAAUUUCGGACAGUGAUUGCCGUUUCAUAAGGUUUACCUCGGAGACCUUGCAGCGACAGGCCCGUCAUUCUAAAGGUGCCCUUUAACUGGAAUGCUGGACGCUGAGUCCGCUACCAUGGAGAGCAAUGGGAAUGCAUUUCCUCCUGAACCUCCUGCUCCUGCUCCACCAGCAGGCUGGUCUUUGGACCAAGCUCCUCCACCACCACCGCCGCCACCCGCCGACAUAGUACCGGAAGGCUCCGAUUCUUCUCAGGACUAUCCUGGGCAAGAGCAGCAAAUGAACUCCUCUGAGCUGGGAUCUGUGGAGAAGGCUGUGGAGCAGUUUCAGCUCGCCAGUGCCUCUCUCUUCCAAGAAGAGCAUCCACCUCCGCCGCCACCUCCUCCACCACCUCCUCCUGCAGAGGAGGCAGACCCAGCAGUUGAAUAUGCGUCUGAGGCUCAGCCAGGGGCUUAUGUGCAGGAUGGAAGUCAAGAUGGUACCGAAGCGCCACAGUUAGAGGAUGGCAUGGAGCUGGAAGAACCAUCCAGAGAAGGUACUCAAGAAUCAUCUGUCCCUGAAGAACCAACCAUACCCUCAGAGUUUGAAAGGUUGUUUAAGAUAUGUGAAGAAAGCCCGGAAGACUUCAAUGCCUGGGUUGCGCUGCUGCAAUAUGUGGAGCAAGAAAAUCUCCUGUUACCUGCAAGAAAGUCAUUUGAUGUAUUCUUCCUACGUUAUCCCUACUGCUAUGGCUACUGGAAGAAAUAUGCAGAUCUUGAGAAAAAGAAUGGCAACAUACAGGUUGCAGAGGAGGUGUACAGAAGAGGCUUGCAGGCUAUCCCUCUUAGUGUAGACCUUUGGCUUCACUACCUCACUUUUAUAAAGGAGAACUCUGACCCAGAUGACCCAGAGACAGAGGGACGAAUUCGGGCCUCUUAUGAACACGCAGUGCUCGCAGCAGGCACAGAUUUCCGAUCUGACCGCCUUUGGGAAUCCUACAUAACCUGGGAGACAGAGCAGCAGAAACUGGCUAAUGUUACCACCAUCUAUGAUCGCAUCUUAGGCAUCCCAACACAGUUGUACUCCCAGCACUUUCAGAGGUUCAAAGAUCACGUGCAGGCUAACCAUCCCAAAUACUUCUUGUCAGAAGAGGAGUUUGUUCAGCUUAGACUCGAGCUCUCUAAAUCUAGCCUGUCCGGAAUGGUGGGUGAAGAUGAAGAGGCAAACAUUCCUCAGGAGGAGCUGCCACCUGGAACCGAGGACCUUGCAGAUCCCGCUAAGAGGGUGACAGAAAUUGAAAACAUGCGGCACAAGGUGAUCGAGGUUCGGCAGGAAGUGUUCAACCACAACGAGCAUGAAGUCAGCAAGCGCUGGGCCUUUGAAGAAGGGAUUAAGCGACCGUACUUCCACGUCAAAGCCUUGGAGAAGACGCAGCUGAACAACUGGAAGGAGUACCUGGACUUCGAGGUUGAAAACGGGACGCCGGAGCGCGUGGUGGUUCUCUUUGAGCGAUGCCUCAUCGCGUGUGCCCUCUACGAGGAGUUCUGGAUCAAGUAUGCAAAAUAUCUAGAAGGCUUCAGCACUGAUGGAGCGAGACACGUGUACAAGAAGGCCUGCACCAUACAUCUGCCCAAGAAACCUUCCAUCCACCUUCUGUGGGCAGCUUUUGAGGAGCAGCAAGGCAACGUGGAAGAGGCUCGCAGAAUCCUGAAGGCCCUGGAGGAAACCAUCCCCAGUUUGGCCAUGGUUCGUCUUCGGAGGGUCAGUCUGGAGCGUCGCCGCGGCAACCUGGAGGAAGCAGAGGCCCUGUUGAAGGAAGCGAUGGAGUUUGCGAAUAACACAACAGAGUCGUCGUUCUAUGCCGUGAAGCUGGCUAGACACAUGGUGAAGGUGCAGAGAAGUCUGGCCAAGGCAAAGAAGGUGCUUCUUGAUGCCAUUGAGAAGGACCAGACUAGUUCAAGGCUAUAUUUAAAUCUGCUGGAACUGGAGUUCGCCGGGGAUGUGACGCAGAACGAGACGGAGAUCUUGGCUUGUUUCGACCGGGCCCUAAUGAGCCCGUUGCCCCUGGAGACCCGUAUCGUUUUCUCCCAGCGCAAAGUUGAGUUCUUGGAAGACUUUGGCAGUGACAUCAACGUGCUUGUGGCUGCGUACGAAGAACAACAAAGACUACAGAAAGAAAACGACUCUUUAAAGAGGAAGGCUGAGAACGGCUAUGACAGCUCUCAAGAACCUGAUGCCAAAAGGCAGAGACUAGAUGAUCCUAAUGCGGUCGCAGCAAAUGCAAUGACGGACAUGCAGGCAAACAACUCUGCAUACAACUACAACUGGUACCAGCAACAGUACGGUGGUUGGGGACAAAAUUCUUGGGGACAGUACAACCAGUAUGCCCAGUACAACCAAUACUACCCCCCUCCUCCUACAUGAUGGACUUGAAGAUUGAGAUGCAUCAUUUCCCGACUUUCCGUCUCGGAGCAGAGCAACUUACCCGGGUGUCAAGAAGAUUUUAAUUCAGCCACACACUGAGCAGGAUAACCUUUAUAUUUUUUUUCUUCUUCCAUUACCGUUGACUGUUUGCAAAUUAAAUUUCCUGUUGCAUCCCCCGUGUUAGAACUAAUUUGGUUCUCGAUGGUAGGAAUGGAAAUCAGUUGGUUUUAAAACGGCAAAUUGUCUAAGCAGUCUCGAUUUGAUUUAAUAAAUGCUGUUUUAGAGCAAAUUGGAUUUUUUUUGUUUUUGUUGUACUGUAUAAGGCAAAGGUAAAGGUUUUAAAUUUUUUUUUUUUUUUUUUUUUUUAGAUUCAGUUUUGGUUUUUCUUUUUGUUCUUGCUUUAAAGUUGUUAGAGAAGCAUUUAUGUAUGUUUCUGGAGUCAUAUUUCUUCUUUCCCAACAGUAACACUUGUAAAAAUGUCAUGAUAGUUUUCAUGAAAUACUCCUUUUUUUUUCACCUGAUUUCCUAAUAAAGAGAUUGAUAUCCUCAAGA